AUGAAGUUAUUGACGCAUAACUUAUUGACCUCCGCUAUUAUUAAAGGCGUAAAAGAGGGAUAUCCACUCAAUCUUUUGGCUACCGAAGUUAAAGUCUUGAACGUCGAAUACAAUUGCGAAUUCAUCAAAAAGAUGCUGGGGAGAGUGAAUUGGCCAGCACUCUACAAGGCGGCUGAUUCUAUUGGUCAUGCAUCUAGUUUGCCAAAAGAUGUGCCAGAGAACUUUGAGGCAAACGAGGAUUUUUUAAAAAAUGCACACCACGCCCUACUUGAAGUUGAAGUAGAGGAGGGAUUCUUAGAAUGCCCAGAAACUGGCAGGAAGUUCCCAAUCAACAAAGGCAUCCCCAACAUGCUACUGAAUGAAGAUGAAAUUUGA